GGUCGAGCGCGCCGUGACGUCGGAGGCCCAUGGCGGCGGCGGCGGCGGCGGCGACGCGAGAAACCUGGCGGGCGGCGUCUCCGCGGAGAAGGCGCUCAGCGGCUCGGCGUCCGAAGCGGAGGGAGGCUGCGGCGGCCGCUGGGACCCCGGGAGCCGAGCCCGAGGUGGACGGUGGAGUCGUGCUUCGUCGCAUCCAGGAGGCCAGGGAGGACCUGGUUAUCUCUGACUUCUGGAGCUCAGCACUAGAAACCAUCACCGGGUGUCUCCGGAAACACCUGGAACAGGUGAGGGCCCCCGAGGGGUCUCUCUCGGAAGCUCUGGGACACCUGCAUCUCGACGCCCCCCCGGUGGAGGCAGAUGCGGCCCCUGGCUCCAUCCCGGAAGAGACCCUGGUCCCAGGGACCUGCUGCUUCAAGUGUGUGUGUUACGGCGUCGGGAACUUCGCCAGCUGCGUCAUAGCUAGAAGCCAGCUGGCGUUUUUGCUCCUCCUUCUGGAGCGGUGCCAGAUUCCCAGGAGUCACUGCUGGGUGUACGACCCUCUGUUUAGUCGACUAGAAAUCACGGUUCUCAACGCCCUGGGCGUGGUGGUUCUCGGGGAGAAUGAGGAAGGGAAGCGCAGCGUGUGCGGGGAACCCACCGUCUUCUACAUGCCGCACUGCGGGACAGCGCUCUACAACAACCUGCUGUGGAGGAACUGGUCGGUGGAUGCCCUUUCCAAGGUGGUCAUCAUCGGCAACAGCUUCGGGGGGCUCGAGGAGAGGUUGUUGACGAGGAUUCUGCAUAAACAUUACCCAUAUGUUGCAAAGAUUCUGACAGGCCUGGAGGAGCUGGCGUUCCCUCAGACCCCAAGGUACAUGGACGUAUUUAAUGACACCUCUAUCCACUGGUUUCCUGUACAAAAGCUAACGCAGCUCCCCACGGACACUUGGGCGUUUCGGGAAGAGCCAGAUUACCAGGACUGUGAGGACCUCGAGAUCAUCAGGAAGAAGACAGAGCCUCCCUGCGCUGACCUGAGCUCGCUGUGAGGGGCCCGUGGCAUAGGGACUGCAGGCGCCCUCUCACCGAGCAGGGAGGACGUCAGCUUGCUGUAAGACGCAGUUUAUUCCCCAGCGCGCCCCCAGCAGGUGCACGGCCUACUUGGCCAUGUCGAUGAGGCUCUGCAGCGAGGUGGGCACCCAGGUCUUCUCGCCCUGCACGAACACCACGCCACGGUCGAUGUAGAUGACAAUGCGGCCGAAGGUGUACAGCUGCUUGCCCUCGUGCCGCUUCCCGAUGACCGGCAUGAAGACGAUGUUGUGCUCCUCGGCCUUGGUCUCGAUGAGGUCCUUAAAGUUCAUGGGCACGGCGCUGGCAGCCACGCCGAUGCCCCGCUGGGCCAUGUUCUCAGCCUCGCGCCGUUCCUGCAUGGCCUCGUACUGGAAGUCCUUCCUCCGUUCCGUGUGCGUGAGGAGGGACGACGGGUUAACUCCAAGUGUUAAGAGGGGCCACCCAGCUCCGGCCCGGCAGACGCACUGAGGAGCCGCCAGCACAGGGGUGACGAGGUGGACCCGGCUCACGCGAGCCUCGUUCAGGGACAGCGCUCCUCUCAGCCGCAGGAGACGGGGGGCAGCUGCAGGCUGAGUAACUACGUGGAGGGGCUGAGACGAGUCUGUGUCCUGGAGCCCCAGGUGUGAACUCUGACUCAGUGUGGGGCCCUCACUCACCGACAUUGGAGGACACCGCCCUGUUCAUGAUAUCCAGAGCCUCGUUGAACUUGUCCUUGACAGACGGGUGCGCCAGCACUUGGUCCGAGAACAUGGACUUCCAGCCCAGGUACCACUUGGUGAUCUCCUCAUAAUUGGGGCUGUUGCUCAGCCAGGAGCACAGCACCUGCCCAGAGGAGGCAGGUGAGACGCCAGGGCCCACCGCAGUGGCGAGCGGGAGCACAGCAUCCACCUGCUCGUCUGGGUCCCGGUCUGCAAGCCGGUGACGCUUGCAGGGCUUCAGGGGCUGAAUGGGGUCAGCUCGACAGUGAAGGGCCCUGCACGUGGACUCUGCGCCUGGGCCUCCCACCCCCACCCUCGGGCCCCCGUGUGGCAAGCGUUCAAUAAAGGGUGCGCACUGUG